AUGGCCAAGGAAUUCAAGAACGACUACAAGUACCAACCCGGCUUCGGCAACCACUUCUCCACCGAGGCCCUUCCCGACGCACUCCCCAAGGGUCAGAACACCCCUCAGCUCUGCCCCUACGGUCUCUAUGCCGAGCAGCUUUCUGGAACUGCCUUCACCGUUGACCGCAAGCACAACGAGAGAAGCUGGAUCUACCGUAUCCGCCCUUCGGUAUGCCACACUCCCUUCGAGCCCUUUCACAGAAAGACCCAACUUGUUGGCAACUACACCGAUGAGGCCAAUGUCGAUAUCACCCCUAACCAGCUCCGUUGGUCGCCCUUUGACAUCCCCACCGAGCCCACCGACUUUGUCGAGGGUCUCCACUCCAUUGCCGGUGCCGGCGAUGUCGGUGUCAAGCACGGAAUGGCCGUCCUCGUCUAUGCUGCCAACAAGUCCAUGGACGACACUGCCUUCUACAACUCUGACGGCGACUUCUUGAUCGUUCCUCAACAGGGUCGCUUGGACAUCACCACCGAGUUUGGAAAGAUCUUGGUGCACCCCAACGAGAUCUGUGUUAUCCAGCGCGGCAUCCGCUACUCUGUCGCCCUGCCCGACGGCCCAAGCCGCGGUUACAUUUGCGAGGUCUUCAACGGAACUUGGUCCCUUCCCGACCUUGGUCCCAUUGGUGCCAACGGUCUUGCCAACGGCCGUGACUUCCAGACCCCUAUCGCUGCCUUUGUUCACGAGGAUGUCAGGCCCUUCCGCAUUGUCAACAAGUACGGUGGCCGUCUCUUUACUGCCAAGCAGGACCACACCCCCUUCGAUGUUGUCGCAUGGCACGGAAACUAUGCUCCCUUCAAGUACAAUCUCGCCCACUUUAACACCAUCAACUCUGUCUCCUACGACCACAUCGACCCCUCGAUCUUCACGGUUCUUACCUGCAAGUCCGAGAAGCCUGGUACCGCCGUUGCUGACUUUGUCAUCUUCCCUCCUCGCUGGUCUGUGCAAGAAAACACUUUCCGUCCUCCUUACUUCCACCGCAACUGUAUGUCCGAGUUCAUGGGCUUGAUCCACGGCACAUACGAGGCCAAGCAGGGGGGAUUCGUUCCCGGUGGCGCCUCUCUCCACUCAAUGAUGACCCCUCACGGUCCCGACGCCCCCACCUUUGACAAGGCUUCCGUUGAGGAGCUUAAGCCCAUGUACAUUGCCAAGGGCACCCAGGCGUUUAUGUUUGAGUCGUCGAUGCAGCUCCAGCCCACCCACUGGGCUAUUGCCGAGUCUGGCAAGGUCCAGCACGACUACUUCAAGGCAUGGCAGGGACUCAAGUCCAACUUUGACCCAAACUGGAAGCCCGCCAGCCAGUAA